AUGAGCACCAAAGAGAUUGUGUCAGCCUAUCGAAGCCUCUACAAAAGAGGCCUUCGAGCGAUAAGAUAUUCUCGGCCUGCGCGAUAUAAUCUGCGAGACAUCCUUCGAAGGUCCUUUCGAGAGGAACCGUCAUCUUCAUUCGAUCCCGAGAGACUUACCAAUACCCUGAGGUUCCUGCAACGCGCCGACGUCGACAAUGGCAUGGAGCAUAAGAUUAUCAAGAACUUGUUAUUUAUUAGGUAU